CUCCCUCUCUUUAGCGGAACGGGGGCCCGGCUCGGCCCGGUGGGUGCCCUCGGGCGGGCGGACCCCGGCGCGGCCUGCGAGGCUUUCCGCCCCCGCUGACAGGUAAGACUGGUUUGGGGAUGUGAACACAAUGAGUGUAAACCAGCAAGCUCACUCAGGGCCUCCGUAUGGGCAGCCUCAACCUGCAUAUCAGCGAUACCAACAGCCUGGCUACGGAGGGCAGCAAAUGCCUGGAGUUCCUCACUCUCAGUAUGGAGUGUAUAACGGCCCAGUGCCCGGACAUCAGCAACCAGCACCUCCACAAGGUUACUUUCCUUCUUUGGGGUUGCCUUCGAAGGGCUCUCCUGUUUCUCUCAACUCUGACACUUCUUCUCUUGCACCUAACUUCAUAGGUCCGUUAAGAACACCUCCAACCUCUGGUGCUCCCCCUCCGACUUCUGGAGCACCUCUUCCUGUUGGCCAGCCAGCGUAUAAUCAGUUUGGGCAAGGAGAUGUACAGAAUGGGAUUCCAGCCUCAGCAGUCCAGAUGCAAAGGCUGUCUGUGUCUCAGCCUUUUAUACCAGGCUCCACACCCACAUCUAUUAGCCAACUAUCUUCAUUCCAGCAAUAUGGUCCUUCUCCAACGAGUGCACAGCAGCUGACCAAUCACAUGGCAAGAAUGACAAUAGGCAGUGUUCCAACCUCAGCUGCUCCCCCAGCUGGACUGGGCUAUGGUCCCUCAACAUCGGUUCCCCCAGCCUCAGGAAGCUUCACUGCGACAGGAUCUGGUCUCUAUACACCUUACUCUUCAAGCCAAGGACCUCCUCCUGCUAGUAUGACCCAUGGAUUGCCUCCUACCAGCCUGUCUCAGGGUGUUCCCUUAGCACAGCCAGCUUUUUCUGGUCUACCACUGUCAAUGCAGCGCCUCCCUAGUCAAGGCCCUGGCUAUGCCCCACCUCCCUCUUCUACAGGGAUUGGACCUUCCAAUUAUCCUUCUACCACAGGGGCCCCAAGACCGUCAACAAUGCAAAGCCCACCAUUAUCUGGACAGGCUUUGGCUGGACUACCUGCAUCCCAGCCAAAUCACUUGUCCUCACCACCACCUCAGCAAGCCAUGUCAGGGCCCCAUCCUGGGCCUCCAAUGACUGGCCUCCAAGGACCACCACCACCUCCCACACAUCCUUCCCAGCCAGGAUACCAAAUACAACAGAAUGGUUCCUUUGGACAGGUGAGAGGUUCACAACCAAACUACGGAGGGGCUUAUCCAGGAACACCCAAUUAUGGGAGUCAGCCUGGACCACCACCCCCGCCAAAACGCUUGGAUCCAGAUUCCAUUCCUAGCCCUCAACUCAGUGAGCUGCCACCUCAGCAGAAAUCCAGGCACAGAAUAGAUCCAGAUGCAAUUCCUAGCCCAAUCCAGGUGAUUGAAGAUGACAGAAAUAACCGUGGAUCAGAGCCAUUUGUCACUGGAGUGAGGGGGCAAGUUCCACCCCUUGUCACUACCAAUUUCCUGGUGAAAGAUCAAGGUAACACAAGCCCCCGCUACAUAAGAUGCACAUCUUACAAUAUUCCCUGCACAUCAGAUAUGGCCAAACAGUCCCAGGUUCCCCUAGCUGCUGUCAUAAAACCACUGGCUAUGCUACCGACAGAGGAGACCCCUCCUUAUUUGGUAGAUCAUGGAGAAUCUGGUCCCAUUCGAUGCAAUAGGUGCAAGGCCUACAUGUGCCCGUUUAUGCAGUUCAUUGAGGGUGGAAGGAGAUUCCAGUGUUGUUUCUGCAGCUGUGUCACUGAGGUGCCUCCUCACUACUUCCAGCACUUGGAUCAUACUGGCAAGCGAGUUGAUUUCUAUGAUCGACCAGAGUUAUCAUUGGGGUCCUAUGAGUUUUUGGCAACCGUUGACUACUGUAAGAAUAACAAGUUUCCCAACCCACCAGCUUUCAUUUUCAUGAUCGAUGUGUCCUACAAUGCUGUGAAAAGUGGCUUGGUAAGGCUGAUCUGUGAAGAGUUGAAGUCACUCCUAGAUUAUCUGCCCAGAGGAGGUAACCUAGAGGAGUCAGCUAUUCGGGUGGGUUUCGUCACCUACAACAAAGUGUUGCACUUCUAUAAUGUGAAGAGCUCGUUGGCGCAGCCGCAAAUGAUGGUUGUAUCUGAUGUAGCCGAUAUGUUUGUGCCGCUACUUGAUGGUUUUCUGGUGAACGUGAAUGAGUCCAGGACAGUGAUUGCCAGUUUGCUGGAUCAGAUCCCAGAAAUGUUUGCAGACACAAGAGAAACAGAAACGGUCUUUGCUCCAGUAAUUCAGGCAGGGCUGGACGCACUGAAGGCAGCAGAAUGUGCUGGCAAGCUCUUCAUUUUUCACACCUCUCUGCCUAUUGCAGAGGCCCCAGGGAAGCUGAAGAACAGAGAUGACAAGAAGUUAAUCAACACUGAUAAAGAGAAGACUUUGUUUCAACCCCAGACAAACUUCUACAACAAUUUAGCCAAGGACUGUGUGGCUCAAGGCUGUUGUGUUGAUUUGUUCCUAUUUCCGAACCAGUAUUUGGAUGUGGCAACACUGGGGGUAGUAACUUACCAGACUGGGGGCUCCAUUUAUAAGUAUACCUAUUUCCAGCUGGAAACUGACCAGGAACGGUUCCUAAAUGACUUGCGCAGAGAUGUCCAGAAGGAGGUGGGAUUUGAUGCUGUGAUGAGAGUGCGCACAAGCACAGGAAUUCGAGCGACUGACUUCUUUGGAGCUUUCUACAUGAGCAAUACAACAGAUGUGGAGCUGGCAGGUCUGGACUGUGAUAAAACCAUCACAGUAGAAUUCAAACAUGAUGAUAAACUGAGUGAAGACAGUGGCGCACUCCUUCAGUGCGCUCUUUUGUAUACAAGCUCUGCAGGACAACGGCGACUCCGCAUUCACAACCUCUCCCUGAACUGUUGCACGCAACUAGCUGAUCUCUACCGGAACUGUGAGACGGACACGCUCAUCAAUUAUUUAGCCAAGUAUGCGUAUCGUGGAGUUCUGAAUAACCCAGUCAAGACGGUAAGAGAUGCUCUGAUCAACCAGUGUGCCCAGAUCCUGGCGUGCUACCGAAAGAACUGUGCCAGCCCUUCUUCUGCUGGCCAGCUGAUUCUCCCUGAAUGCAUGAAGCUACUUCCUGUGUACUUGAACUGUGUGUUGAAGAGCGAUGUCCUUCAACCUGGACCAGAAGUCUCCACUGAUGACCGUGCCUACAUUCGCCAGCUAGUAACCUCCAUGGAUGUGGCAGAAACAAAUGUUUUCUUUUAUCCCAGGCUUUUGCCCUUGACCAAAGUUGAUGUGGACAGUGAUGCCUUGCCAGCAGCAAUCCGGAACUCAGAAGAGCGCCUCUCCAAGGGUGAUAUGUACCUGUUAGAAAAUGGACUGAACAUCUUCGUGUGGGUGGGGGUAAACGUACAGCAAGGCCUGAUCCAGAACCUCUUUGGUGUGUCAUCCUUCAGCCAGAUCAGCAAUACUAUGAGCACUCUGCCUAUCUUGGAAAACCCCUUUUCUAAGAAAGUACGAUCCAUCAUGGACAUGCUGCAGGCACAGAGAUCCCGCUACAUGAAGUUAAUAAUUGUGAAGCAAGAAGAUAAGUUUGAGAUGCUGUUCAAACAUUUUCUGGUGGAGGACAAGAGUAUGAGUGGGGGGGCUUCAUAUGUGGACUUCCUCUGUCACAUGCACAAGGAGAUUCGACAGUUACUGAGCUAGAGGAGGGAGUGAUGCUGGACUCCAGCAGUGAUGUUUGUCUCCACUAACCACCUGAUCCAUGGGCCCAGCUCCCUCCAGAAGGACAACAUAGAAACCUGUACAAUUCCAUAAUUUUUAAUACAUGUUGCAUAAGCAGAGAUCCUUUCAACCUCUCCCAGUCACAUUUGAGAGAGAUGCAAACAUUUCCUGGUGAGGGCUGGAAAAAGGCGUUUGAUCCCAGGUCUUUUACCUGUAACUAAGUUGUUUCCUGUGCUUGGCAGGAAUCUACCCCCUAUGCUCGCUAAUCCUGUCGUAAUGAAUGUAGUUUCUCAGUUCACUGUACAUGAUUCAGUAUUGGGUGAAAAAGCGAUAACUUCAAAACUACUGGUAGUUGCUGUGUGUUUGUGUGUGCGCGCAUGCUCCAAGUGUGAAGAAGAGCUAGGUGGGGAGGACAGGAGGCAGGCCACCCUGCUGGAUGGUGGGAGCUGGAGCAGCUCAGCAUUUUUCAGUCUCCUAUUUUAAGGAAAAACAUGACAUGCCACGUACAAACUGCAGCAUGUGGCCCUCUGGACCAGGAAUCUUUUGAGUUGAAAAAGAAAUGAGCUGAGAGGAUAGCAAGGUCCUUCCAAAAUAGUCACUGUAGCAAGAAUUGCUGUGUUGGCAUGUAUUAGAGUAAGUAACUGGUGAGUGCACAAUCAACAGCUGAAUAGGAGAAGGAUAGAAUCAGUGUCUCCUGCUGGCCUGAAUGGUACCCCCUCAAAUACCUUCCUUUGCCUUUCUUUGGGAAAAGCAGCCUUCCCAUCUUACUGUUCUGUGUGGAGUCAGUCUACCAGUUCUGAUUUCUUAUGGCCUCCCCCUUUUUUUUCCCCUGAGAAUUUACCUAGACUGUCCAGUUGGUGGAGGUCAUGAUGCCUGUCCUUGUUUAUAUAUGAAAUAUUUUUUUGCAAGUUGAUAUGUGGCUGUGUGGGAACGGGCACUGCAGGGGCAAGGAGGCAGCUUUUCCCAAUCCAAACGGUUGUGAAUCGCAGCAAAUAAGGAAGCAUUUUAAUUUUACUGGUACAAAUAUGAGGCUGAUUUGUACUCUGGAGUGCAAGGAAGGGAAUACAGGAAAAAUAAGGUUAAAAUGCACCACAGAAGGUAUUACCAAGUACCUGCUGGAAAGGGUCUGGGGCUAAAGCAGAAAGUAUUUUCAACCUUGGAUGUUUUAUUCCCUAAUUUUAUCUCUUGAACCAUCUACAUAGGAACUAUUGUAUAAACUGUUUGCUAAACUAAAAUACCUCAGACAGACUGAUCCAUCCACAUUUUAGUUGGCUUUACUGACCACUCCACUGCUUGGUUCAUCUAAGGUGGAGGACAGGACUCCUGCAAAGGUGGUGAGAGUCUAAAUCAGAUUGAGAAUUCUAAGGGCUUGUUCGUUAAUUUUUUUAAGUAGACUAAUGUGUUUAACUUGAACACACAACUGUUCUUGCAAUACUCGGGAUUUAAUGAGGAGGCAACAGCACUGAAAGUUGAAGGAAAAAAUUAGCGAAAUUCGGGGUGUUUUGAAUGCAGUUAGCAGAUCUGUAUUACCUGGACUCGGCAUUGCAAUGUAGGGACCUUGUGUAAAACGUAUUUUUCCGAACAGCUGUCUGUGGUUUUAGUUCCGUGACCUGUAGCCUAUGUAUAAAUUUGAGGGUUUUGUUUGGUCUAAUGUUGCAAGUUUGUCCUGCCUAACAGCACUCUACACUCAAGGGACUAUGCGAACUAUAAUGGAUACACUUUCAAGGUGUAGUGGACAGAAUCUUCAGCAUCUUUUUGUAUGACUAUAGCUGACACUUUUUUUUUUUUUUAAACCCACUUACUGCCUCCAACCAAAAAUCUAGAUGUUUUUAACCAGCAAAGAGACAGCUUCCCAGGAAUGUAAGGCUCAGCAACCACAGACUUCCAUAAUACUAACUUCUAGCAUUAAUAUGAGGGGAAAAUAAGAUCAUAAGUGAACCUUUCAUUUUCUUCACUCUUGGGGGUUUUUUUUUUUCCAAUGCAUCUUUUAAUUUGUAAAGAAAUAA